UCUUAUAUUUGUGUGUUGCAAUAACAACACGAUCAUGACUUUUAUUCCACUUUGUGGUAAAUAUGGCUGAUCAAGUCAAUGGGAAACGUCUUCCUGAGAAAACUUCCACUGAAACUAUCUCGCCGAAAAAAUCUAAAAAAGAAAAUAAAUCUUAUAUAGCAGAAGCAGAUAGUGACCGUAGUCGAUCAUGUCCUUACCUUGAUACAAUAAACAGAUCUGUACUUGACUUCGAUUUUGAAAAACUUUGUUCGGUUUCAUUAUCACAUAUCAAUGUUUAUGCCUGCUUGGUCUGCGGAAAAUACUUCCAAGGCCGUGGUACGAAAUCUCAUGCAUAUACCCACAGUGUGCAAGAUGGACAUCGAGUUUAUCUUAAUUUAAGAACACAGAAAUUUUAUUGUUUACCUGACAACUAUGAAAUUAUAGAUUCCUCACUUGAAGAUAUUAUUUAUGUUUUAAAUCCAACUUUCAACCAUUUUCAUAUUAAGAAGUUAGAUUCCAACCCUAAAUUAUCUCGUGCUUAUGAUGGAACUACCUACCUACCAGGUAUUGUUGGUUUAAACAAUAUAAAAGCCAAUGACUACUGCAAUGUCAUCCUUCAGGCUCUUUCUCAUGUACCUCCUCUGCGGAAUUACUUUCUGCAAGAGGACAGUUAUAAAAGUAUUCGACGUCCAGCCGGUGAUCAAAUGUUUCUUCUUGUCCAAAGAUUCGGAGAACUUCUACGCAAAUUAUGGAAUCCACAAAAUUUCAAAGCUCAUGUUAGUCCCCAUGAAAUGCUUCAAGCUGUUGUCCUCUGCAGCAAGAAAAAAUUUCAAAUCACUGAGCAAGGUGAUGCUGUAUAUUUUAUGUCUUGGUUCCUCAAUGCUUUACACGUUGCCUUGGGAGGAAGCAAAAAACUUUCCAGUAGCAUCAUCAACAAAACUUUCCGUGGUAAAAUGACAGUUUAUUCUCGCAAAGUUCCGCCACUAGAUUUGAAAGAAGAAGAAAAAGAGAAGCUACUCCAGAUGGAAGAGUACCAAGAAACAGCAGAAGAUACUCAGUUUCUGUAUCUGACUUGUGACCUGCCUGCGCCUCCACUCUACCCUGACGACUUACGUGAAAAUAUCAUUCCGCAGGUUCCUUUGGCUAACAUUCUUGCCAAAUUCAAUGGCAUUACAGAAAAAGAAUAUAAAACUUACAAAGACUCUACAAUGAAGAGAUUCAAAAUUUUCAAGUUGCCACCUUAUAUUAUCCUCUAUGUGAAGCGAUUCACCAAAAAUUAUUUUGUCUCUGAGAAAAACCCAACCAUUGUAAACUUUCCUAUCAAAAAUAUUGACUUUGGAGAUUUGCUGACGCCUGAAAUACGGGUGAAACAUCCCUACACCACAUAUGAUCUCAUUGCAAACAUUGUUCAUGAAGGGGAAUCUGGAUCUGAUAAAGGAACAUAUCGGGUACACAUCUUACAUAAGGGAACUGGGAAAUGGUUUGAGCUUCAAGAUUUACAUGUUGCUGAUAUUCUACCUCAGAUGAUUACUCUCUCUGAAAGUUAUAUUCAGAUUUAUGAAAUUCGAAGAGAUAUCCCUAAUCCUUUGUAUAAAAAAGAUCCUGACAUGGAGACAAGCUAGCUGCUACUCAGUAACAGUAUCUUAAUACCAUUCAUCAUCAUUGACAUUCAUCUCAGUAUAUUUCUUUUGCAAAAUAUUCAUCUUGACAGAAAACAUAUUUUGUAUACAUCACUAAUGAAAAUAAUUCAAUAAAAUACCAUCACUUUUGAUUGUUACUCA